AUGGGUGAAGGAAUCACUUUUAUCUCGGAUAUGCAGAAGGGGCUGAUUGAUUCAAUCUCAGAAGUUCUUCCUGAGGCCCACCACAGAUUCUGUGUAAGACACAUAGAAGCAAACUGGUGCAAGAGAUGGGGGUCUGGCGAAUACAAGAAAUAUCUUUGGUGGGUAGCUUGGAGUACCUAUGAAGAGGACUUCCAAGAUCAGUUAAAGAGUAUGAGCCAAGUGGACGAUGAUGGUAAGACUGAUGUUGAAAAUCUGUUAAAGUAUCCACUUACUUGCUGGAGUAGGGCAUUCUUUGAUACUACCUGCAAGAACCAGUCAGUGGAUAAUAACCUGACUGAGUCCUUCAAUGCAUGGAUAUUGCAAGCCGGAUACAAGCCAAUUAUAAAGAUGUUAGAGGAGAUCAGAAUCAAGAUUAUGAAUAUGUUGACUGAUAAUGAAGCUGAAGUGGUGGGGUGGGGAAGUGAAUACAGUCCCAAGACUCUAAAUUUGUAUAACCAAUUCAUGAGGAUUGCACAAAAGUGUCAUGUGAAUGGCAGUGAUGACCAAGGUUAUGAAGAGACAGAAGUUAAAAGGCGGCUUCCAACUAGCAAUGAAUGUCCAGAUUUUGAGAUCCCUAACUUUGAACCUGAGCCUGACAUAGCUAUAAGACCAAAGAGUAUCUCAGAAGCAAGGACAAGACUCCAGCUAAGGCAGCAAAGUGUACCAGUUGCAACCAGACAAAUUGGAUUUGUUGGUGAUUCAAGCGGUGUAAGUCAUCCAUCAAAGCUUACUUUCUCAGCAAAAGGCAUAACAUGGUUGGGAAAUUCUGCCAUCACUGGAAAUCAGUUGAACAAACAAAGGUUGACCAAGUUGCAAGCAAUAAAGGAUAGUGGUAAGGAGCAGAAGUGA